AUGAGAAGAAAAGAUCUAAGUAGUGGAGAAAGGAACACCAUUGUUCAAUUCCUUCUUCAAGAUAGCAAAAACGGCAAGCCGAAGAGAGGGAAGAUCCAAGAAGCCAUUGUCAAAUUCGGAAACUCUAGGAGGAUCGUGAGUCGGCUUUGGGCUGCGACAAAAAAACAACAAGAAAUAGGUGAGCACAUUCAUUCGGCAAGCAUGAAAAUACAUCGACCACAUAGAAAAAGAGUGCAAAUCGACUUAGAGCUAAUUUCCAGCCUGGAAUUGAGCAAAAGAUCAACUAUUCGAAGGCUUGCAAGUGGCAUAAAUUGCAGUAAAAGUACAGUGGGUCGAUGGAUAAGCAAGGGAUUGAUCAAAGCUCACACAAGUGCAAUACGACCUGACCUAACUGUUCUUAACAAACUUCUACGCCUGCGAUUCAUCCUUGAAGCCAUAGAAUACGACUGUAUUCUGAAGGUACUUCAGUUCAAAGAUAUGCACAACACUGUGCAUAUCGACGAGAAGUGGUUUUAUAUCACAAAAGUAAAUCACAGGUUCUACUUAACCCCCGGAGAGGCAGAACCGCAUAGAACAUGCAAAUCAAAGAAAUUCAUCAAAAAAGUGAUGUUCAUGUGUGCAGUGUGUAGGCCAAUAUUUGCAGAAGAUGGCAGCGUGUUAUUCGACGGAAAAAUAGGGAUUUGGCCAUUUACAGAAUUGGUGCUUGCUAAAAGAAACAACAAAAACCUGGAGGCUGGAACUUUGGAGUUAAAACCAAUCGAGAGCAUAACAAAGCAAGUCACAAAGCAUUGUUUUAUCAAUAAGAUAAUACCAGCCAUAAAGCUUAAAUGGCCAGAAUUUACAAGCAAAGUGAUUUUCAUUCAACAAGACAAUGCAAGGCCUCACAUCAAGGAUGAUGAUCCAGAUUUUAGGCGGGCUGCAAGUUCUGAUGGCUUUGACAUCAUAAUUAUUCAUCAACCCCCCAACAGUCCAGACACGAAUAUCAAUGAUUUGGGGUUUUUUAGAGCAAUCCAGAGCUUGCAAACAGAAAGUGUGUGCAACAAUGUGGAGGAGCUAGUGGCUGCAGUUGAGAAGUCAUAUUAA